UUCGGAAUCCGCCAUUGAUCUAGCUCCAAGCCUCCCUUUGUCUCUCUCUCUCUCUCUCUCUCUAUCUCUCCUUCCGUAACAGACAAACGAAAUCUCUCCUGACUGAAUCAAAAACUCUACCCAUCCUAGAUUGUAUUGUACCUGAGGAACACACCUCACUCCCACCAUUCCUCUGUCUCUGUCUCUCUGUCUCUGUCUCUCUCCUCGAAAUGGGUUCUCUGGUUCCGUUCCAAGACCUCAACCUGCUGCCGGACCCGCCCAUGUCCGCCACCGUCACUCCCAAGAUCGAGCCAAAGCUCGAGCCUUUCGACGAACCCGCUCGGACCCAUGUCGCCAGCCGCCGCCACCACCACCCCCCGCAGCAGCGGCCCCAGCCGCUGCAGGCCCCGGGGCUUCCCGAUCCCGCCGCCCCCCCUCCUGAAUUCCUGCUCAGUUCCCCGAGCACCCAGCUGACCCCCUCCCCGGACGGCGGCGGCGACCAUCUCUUCUCCGAGUUCCAUCGCGUCUCCGCGCUCUUCCGCAGCGCGUUCGCCAGGAGGUGCCGCCGCGGCGGGGGCGGCGGCGGCGGGGGGGACGUGGACGUGUUGGAUCCCAAGACGCGGGCCAUCGUCCCGGUGAAGAACGAGGAGGCGCAGCUCGCGCCCUUCGAGGCCUCGCCGAGCGGCGGUGGCGGCCGGCGCCACCAGCUGCAGCCGCGGUCGUCGGAGCUCGUGAGGGUCGCCAAUCUCGGCGACGACGACAAGAGGUACUUUCGCGAGGAGGUGCGCACCGCCCGCCUGAUUUACGAUAGCCUGCGUGUUUUUUAUAUGUCGCAUGAGGAGGGUCUUGAUGGUAGGAUGAGGAGGGGUGAUUUGGCGGCUGCUUCCAUGAUGAGAGGUUGUGGGUUGUGGGUGAAUCGUGAUAAGAGAAUCGUGGGACCUUUACCCGGCGUAGAGAUAGGCGAUGUCUUCUUUUAUAGGAUGGAGUUGUGUGUUGUUGGUUUGCAUGGUCAGCCGCAAGCCGGCAUUGAUUAUUUGACUGCUAGCCAGAGCUCAAAUGGCGAGCCGAUUGCGACCAGUGUCAUUGUGUCUGGAGGGUAUGAGGAUGAUGAGGAUGCGGGGGAUGUGAUUAUAUAUACCGGUCAUGGUGGGCAGGAUAAGCUCAAUAAGCAGUGUAACCACCAGAAGUUGGAGGGUGGUAAUUUGGCUAUGGAAAGGAGCAUGCACUAUGGAAUUGAAGUUCGGGUUAUAAGGGGGAUAAGAUACGGGGGUGGUGCGACACCCAAGAUAUAUGUGUAUGAUGGGUUGUAUAGGAUUCUUGAGUGUUGGUUUGAUGUUGGGAGGUCUGGUUUCGGGGUAUACAAGUAUAAGUUGGUGAGACUUGAAGGGCAACCGGAAAUGGGUAGUGCUAUCAUGAGGUUUGCUCAGACCCUUAGGACAAGGCCGCUGACGGUUAGGCCAAGGGGGUAUCUCAGUCUUGACAUGUCGGCGAGGAAGGAAUGCAUGCCUGUUUUUCUGUUUAAUGACAUUGAUUCUGAUAGCACUCCCCUGCAUUAUGAGUACUUAGCCAGGACUGCGUUUCCUCCGUAUUUGAUGCUUCAAAAUGCCAACGGCAGCGGGUGUGAAUGUGUUCUGAGUUGUGGAAGCAAUUGCUCUUGUGCUUCGAGAAAUGGGGGUGAGUUUGCCUAUGAUCACAAUGGGUUACUUAUGAGGGGAAAGCCAAUAAUUUUUGAAUGUGGGCCAUUUUGUAAGUGUCCUCCGACUUGCCGUAAUCGUGUGACACAGAAAGGUUUAAGUAGUAAGUUGGAGAUUUUUAGAUCAAAGGAGACCAAUUGGGGUGUUAGGACCUUAGAGUUGAUACAAGCUGGUGCUUUUAUCUGUGAAUAUGCAGGAGUUGUACUCACGAGAGACCAAGCCCAGAUUUUCAGCAUGAGUGGCGAUCCAUUGGUCUACCCGGGCAGGUUUACUGCUAAAUGGACCAAGUGGGGAGAUUUAUCCAAAGUGUUUCCGGAUUAUGCACGCCCUGCCUAUCCAUCAAUUGCUCCUUUGGAUUUUGCAAUGGAUGUCUCAAAAAUGAGGAAUGUUGCUUGUUAUAUUAGCCACAGCUCAACUUCUAAUGUAAUGGUGCAGUAUGUAUUGUAUGAUCAUAAUAAUGUUUCGUUUCCUCACAUAAUGUUGUUUGCAAUGGAGAAUAUUCCUCCUUUGAGGGAGCUCAGCCUUGACUAUGGUGCUGCGGAUGAAUGGACUGGGAAGCCUCCUCUUCUCUGUAACUGAACUGUCUUGGAAAGUUGGAGGAUGGUGUCCAUAUCCUAUAACUAAAUUGGAGAAGUGACGCAUUUCGAAAGUGAUGCAGUGCAGCAUUACAAGGGCUGAGAUUUUGGUUGGAUCUUUUGCGGGCAUGUGUCUGCGGAUGCCGCUUCCCAGUUCUGUCCCCAUUUUUUAUAUGCGAGCUGAUGCUGCCGGUGAACAUAUUAGAAACAACAAAACUGGCGGUCCAUCAAAUUUUUGGACGUGAUAACCUUGUAGGAGAAAUUUUUGCCUAGGACUAGAACUCAUGCAGAUCAGCUGCCGGCCGAAGUACUGAUAGCUGUUUUUGCUGACAGUCUACCUUUUUUGUACUUGUAGGAUAAGGCCGCUUCACACGCUGGUCGGAAUUGUCGAAUACUGACAUCGGUUGUACACAUAAACCCAUAAAUCCCAAAAUCUGUUUUACGGUUAACUUGUAUAUAAAGUUUGCAUUGCACCAUGGCUGUGCAGUUAACAU